AUGCCAGACGACAAGAAACUUCCCUGGGGUAUUAAUGCUCCCAAACCUGGUUCUGCAAAGAGUCUCACAAAGAAUAAGCUGCAAGCAUUUAGCAUCGGAACUCAUAAGAAAACACCUUUUCAAAAACAUAAAGAAGAAUUAGAGUUAAAGAAAAAGCAAGAAUCAGAAGAAGCUGCAAAAGUAUAUGCUGAAUUUGUUGCUUCUUUUGAAAAGGAAGAAGGCUCAGGAAAAACCUUUGUAAAAGGAGAAACUAUAGUGCCAAAAGUAUUAUUCGAUCAUGAAGCUGCAACAAAAAAAGAACCGGUGGCAUCUUCAUCUCAGCAGGCAAAAAUAUACAAACCGCAACCAUUCAUCCAAGCAACAAAGCCGGUUUUGCCUGAAGUGAAGGUGGAGGAAGAAAUGCUUACAGAUAAAACCCAUGAAGAAGAAGAAGCUAAUAAACAGGAAGAGAAAUCCAAACGAAAACGUAACCUCGAUGCUUUCCUAGAGGAAAUAAAGCGAGAACAAGAAGAACGUGAAGAUAGAUUAAGACAAAAGCAUGCAAGAUUGGCUGGUGCAGGAGUUGCAUCAGAGGAGGGCGGAGAUGAAUUUGUUCCUACUUCUCUCACUGUAAAAGCAGCUUUUGAAGAUAGACCAGGAUCUCACGAUACGGGUGAUCCAAAUACAACAAAUUUGUAUGUCGGCAAUAUUAGCCCAGAGGUUAAUGAAGAGAUGCUCUGCAAGGAAUUUGCUACCUAUGGAUCAAUUGCAAGUGUAAAAAUUAUGUGGCCUCGUACUCAAGAAGAGAAAGAUAGAAAUAGAAAUUGCGGUUUCGUUAGUUUUAUGGAUAGAGAAUCAGCCGCGCAAGCACUCAAAAAUAUGGAUGGAAAGGAAUUACUUGGAUAUGUUAUGCGAGUUGGUUGGGGAAAAGCUGUACCAAUUCCACCAAAACCAAUAUUUGUUUUAGCUGAAAAUUCCAGACCUCCGCCUAGCGGCAUGCCUUUCAAUGCUCAAGUCGUACAUUCAAAAGUAACAGCAGCUACGACUGCCCAAGCAGCUAAAGGACCUCGACUUGAGGUACAAGUUACAAAGCCAGAAGAUCCACAAGUUGUAAAAAUAAUACAUCGUAUGGUUGAACGUGUAGUAAAAUACGGUCCUCCAUUCGAGGCUUUGAUAAUGGAUCGAGAAUGGAAUAAUCCCAAAUUUGCGUUCUUAUUUCAAAACGAAUCAAUUGAACAUGUAUAUUACCGCUGGAAAAUAUAUUCGAUUCUUCAAGGCGAUCCAAAAAAUAAAUGGAAAACUGAGGCUUUUCACAUGUUUGAUGAAGGACCGAUAUGGGUUCCCCCAGAAAUACCAUUUGAGGAAGAUGCGGGGGAUGAACUUCUGGAUUCGGAUGAAGAAGAAGAACGAGAAAGACUUCGAGUUCCAAAAGGCACUCUUGGACCCAAAGCAAAACAUCGCCUAGAAGUUAUGCUACGAAAGAUAAACUUUGAAAGAGGUGCUAUUGCAAAAGCGAUGGCAUUUUCAAUUGAUCACUCUGACGCGGCUGAAGAGAUUGUAGAUAUAAUAUGUAAAACGCUUACUUUAAAGGAAACACCCGUUCCCACUAAAGUUGCACGACUAUAUCUUGUUUCAGACAUAUUGCAUAACAGCAGUGUAUCAGUGCCGAAUGCAUGGAAAUUCAGGACUGGAUUUGAGACUAGGUUACCAGAAAUUUUUGAACAUUUCAACGAGGCAUAUAGGUCAAUUACGGCAAGGCUGAAAGCAGAGACUUUUAGGCGUCAGAUUACUACUUUACUGAACGUCUGGGAGAAUUGGAUUGUCUUUCCGCAACCGUACAUUGAAUCCUUAGAAAAUACAUUUAUGAAGAAUACUAAGGAAGGAGAAGCACCAAUAACUUCAGAUGAUGCUAUGCAAAUAACACAGCCGCCACCAUUGGCUAUGGAAACGGAUGACCUUGAAACAAAUAAUGGUGAUGAUGGCACAUUAGGGCAACCACAGAUGCAAGACAUGGCGAAUCCUAAUGUGACGAAUAGAUGGAAUUAUAAUAUACACCAACAUCAAAUAAAUCAAGAGGCAGAAUCCAUCAAUCAGGCUUCUCAACCCUUAUGGCGAAGGACACGGAUAGAAGAAGAGGAAAUUCCUGGAUAUUAUUUAUAUUAG